CAUAAUUUCAAAUUUCUGAACGUGUAUUUCACUGUCAUUUUUCAUUAUCAUGGCGGAAGACGACGAUGGUGUUUCAAAUAAAAAAUCACCCCAAAAUUCAAAUAAUGCAGGUCCAUCUAAAGAAAGUGAACAACAUACCACGAAACCAGAUCUAGGAAUCGAAGAGGCAAAAUACAAUAGUAACGAGACUGGUGACACAUCACCUACAGAAGCUAAAAGUUCAACGAGUACAACUGGGGCGACGCGCAAAGAGGAGAAUCCAUUCUCAUUCCGGCAUUUUCUGAAGCGAGAUCUGUCGUUACCAGGAAACUCAACUUAUGAAAACACUGGGGCCAGACCUAAAGUUUACGCGAACACAGUGCAACAUUCACCUACGAAAUUGGACGUUCACGCUGAAACGAGACGUGAAAAGUCUCGCGCGAACGAUAUUCAAGCCAAAGACAAAAUUGUGGAUGCUGGCCAUCGUUUAACAAUAAGUGAUAAUACGUCUUCAAGUAGUUCUGUAGAGAUACCAUUUAGUGUAGUGGACAAUUCCGAGUCUAAGCAUAACUUUUACGCGGACAAUACCGAUGUGCCGUUCUAUCAAAGACCAAAUCUGGCUUCGGAGCCAUUAGGCAUGCCAUCUUUACCAGACUUUGUUCAAGAUCAUAUUCUAGUGGAACAAGCCUAUUUGAACUCUAACGGGCCCAUAUCGGUUGACUUGGACAAUUUGCCAGAUUUUACAUUUAAUACUAAUUUCAAUGUGGGUUCGUCUUCCUCGUCAGGUAGGAAGAAUAACAGUGCUUAUGUUGGUAAUAAUGAAUAUGACUAUGAUGCGUACAUGGGUGCUGCUUCAACAUCUAAUGAGUCCGGUCCAUCUGGUCAUGGAAUCCCUCUGGACUUGCCCGCCGGGGCUGAAGCUGCUGGACCUGUGCCUUUAGAUUUGCCCGCACACCUCAGUUUAGAUCUGACCGAAUCAGUGAAUCCAGCUGAUAGGAGGAAUAACUCACCAAGAAGUACAUUUCCACUUGAUCUGCCUCCAAAUGCUGGUGCAGAAUCGAUGCGGCUGCCUGACUUCCUGCCUGUGCACCCGGGCAGGACGUCGCCGGAGCCCGAGCACCAGGACGAACAGCUGCAGCAGAUCAUGGCGGAACUAGAGCGGACCAGGUGCGAGUUGUUCGCUGAGCGCAGCCGUCGCUCGCGAGCGGAGGAGGAAGCGGCCACGCUGCGAGCGGAAGCGGCGGAACUACGCGCGCGACUAGCCGCCGCCCGCCGGCCCGCGCCCGUCACCGCGCCAGCGUCUUCCUCCGCUCCGCCCGUGCACGACGCAGAGGCUAGAGCGACGGAAGGGGAGCCGGCCGUAGCUAAAUUGAAAUCUCAAAUAAAAAAAUUAAAGGAGGAAGUGGGCGCGUCGUCGCGGCAGGAGGCAGCGCUGCGGGCGCGGCAGGCUUCCGCCGCCCUCGCGCUUCGCCGCGCGACGGCCCUCGCCGACGUCUCGCUACGCGAACUAUUGGCCGGUCUGGAGCAACUCAAGACGUUGAGUUCGACGCUCGACCCGACAUGAUACACGGCUACCGAGGACAUCACAUCAUAAUAUUAUGCUUUAAUUAAUACCGAGUUCCCCUAUAUUUAUGUUUGAAUUAUCCAUAAACAUGUGAUCCAUGGAUGAUGAUAUGUGAUGAAUUUUUAAUCUGGAAGUGAUUGAAACGCUGUAAUAUUUAUCACUUUAGUUAAAAUAUUUUAUGCAUUACCAUCGAAUAAUUCAUUUGUAAAUAGGUAAUAAAUAUAUAUUAUAUAUCA